CCAACUGUAUUUACCACAAUAAUUAUGUUUAUUGUUCUGACUCCAGUUAAUUAAUUACCUCGGAACAAUAUUAAUGAAUAAACUACAUUUAUUAUUUGAAUGCAAUACUUGAAAAUUAAUUAAUUUAAAAAUAAAUUCAAUAAAUCUGAUGCGUUUCUAAAGUUUUCUCAUGGCAAUAUUGACUGGAGUAAGUUGCUUGCCAUACGUCAUAAAAAAUAUGGGACCGGAUAUAGAUUUGCAAUCGUACGCUCUUAUAUCGCCAAUUCUGACGAUAGAUAAGGCAGUGUAUUACUGAAUGAACCGUUUUACGAGAAAUGUUUUUACUGAUAAACCUUAUCGAGAGAGAUAACAAAUGCACUUGAAAGAGAUGUAUAUAUGAGAUGAUUUAAAGUGUGCAAUUUGUAGUGAGACGUGCAAAGUGAACUGGUUAGUGUGUCUUUGGAACCGGCAAUAUCGAAAUGGAAAAUAUGGAAUCGUCCCAAUCUGUGAUCCAGCCAGCAAAUCAAUUGGAUGCGAGAUCAACAAAUGUAACUAUAACUACUUCUGCAUUGGACGGCUCAACAACGCCUUCGCCUGUAAGUUCAUCAAAAAGCGUAGCAAUAGAAAUAGACGAUCAUUACGAUGUAAGCCAUCCAAAGCACGGAAUAGCGCUUGUCAUCAACCAAAUGAAUUUUAGUAACAUGAGCCCACGAGAUGGUAGUGACAUAGAUUGUAAUAGUAUAAGUUCGGUGUUGAAAACAAUCGGUUUUGAUGUGCGCGUGAUCGAGGAUCUAAAAAGAAAGAAGCUUCUUGCCAUGCUAAAAACGAUUGCUAGUGAAGAUCAUUCGCAGAACAACUGUCUGGUAGUGGUGGUACUGACGCACGGAAAAGAGAAAAAUCGCUUAUACGCAAACGAUAAGUCCUACAAAGUGAGUAAACUGUGGGAACCAUUUGUCGGUGAUGCGUGUCCAUCGUUGGUUGGAAAACCGAAGCUAUUUUUCAUACAAGCUUGUAGAGGCAAAAAGCUGGAUAUUGGUUCACGGGUAAAACGUAUGAUUAAGGAACCGAUCCAAGUACCGAUAAAUUAUGUCAUACCUGCUAUGGCCGAUCUGCUGGUGAUGUACUCUACGUGUGAUGGGUAUUACGCGUGGCGCAACACGGAUAAGGGAUCUUGGUUCAUUCAAUCGCUGAGCAACGAGCUUGGCGUGAAUGCUUAUCGCCUGGAGUUGUUGCACAUUCUUACUGCCGUUUCGCGAAGGGUUGCAUAUCAGUAUCAAUCGAACGUUCCCAGAAGCUUAACACUUGAUGCAAAGAAACAGAUGCCGUGCAUAGUGUCAAUGCUCACGAAGCUGUUAUAUUUUCCAACACAAAAACCCCAACCGGACUGUUCCUUGCUAACAAGGACUGAUAAUUCUGGCGAAUAAUAUUAUUCAUCCGGCGUGAUGAAAAAUAAAUUUAGUAAGUCAAUUAUACUUACUACUAAAUUAAGCCUAAUAGAUCGCAACAUCAAACAGAAGAAGUAGUAGAAAAAAUAGAAUCACACAAAUAGUUGCUAUUACUGAAAUAAUGCUUUGUUCGAAUAAAACAUGUGCUGAUUGUUUUUUUUUU